UGCCCUUGGUGAUGUGUGACUGUGAUCUCCGAAAGAUACAGGACAGAGAAGAUGAUGGAGAAAUUGGGUAUCUUGUUGCAGCUUUUGGCGUUGGGUCGGGUGAUAGCAGAGGCCGUCUGCGGUGCUGAUGAGUUCAACAGAUGUCACUUCCCUCCUGACUUUGUGUUUGGUGCAGGCACUUCAGCUUAUCAGGUCGAUGGAGCAGCACAUGAAGAUGGGAGGACUCCGAGUAUAUUGGAUACCUGGACCCACUCUGACUCAGGCGGAGCCAAUGGAGAUAUCGCCUGUGAUCAAUAUCGCAAAUACAAGGAAGAUGUCCAACUCAUGGCAGAGAUGGGCUUAGACGCGUACCGGUUUUCCAUCUCAUGGUCGAGGCUCAUUCCAAAUGGGAGAGGCUCGGUGAAUCAGAAGGGAUUGCAAUACUACAACAACCUCAUCAAUGAACUAGUAAGCCAUAGGAUUCAACCGCAGGUGAAACUACACCAUUUUGAUCUGCCACAGGCUCUUGAAUAUGAGUAUGGAGGAUGGAUAAGUCGAAAUAUUGUGAAAGAUUUUGUGGAAUAUGCAGAUGUAUGUUUCAGAAUGUUCGGGGACAGAGUUAAAUACUGGACAACCUUCAACGAGGCCAAUAUUUUCUCGAUGGUUGGUUAUGACCUUGGAUUGCUACCGCCAAAUCAUUGUUCUUCUCCAUUUGGAUACUUCAACUGCACCAGAGGAGAUUUGUCGUCAGAACCAUACUUGGCAGCUCACAAUAUCUUAUUGUCACACGCAUCGGCUGCUAGACUGUAUCAGAAAAAAUACCAGUAAAACGUACAGAAGGGAUACAUAGGGCUCAACCUUCUGAGUUUCAACUUUGUUCCCGUCACAAACAAAACAGAAGAUGUCAUUGCAGCUCAAAGGGCCAAUGACUUUCUCGUGGGUUGGUUUGUGGAACCGCUGGUGCGUGGGGACUAUCCUGAGGUGAUGAAGAAGAAUGCAGGAUCAAGACUUCCUUCCUUCACUGCUCGCGAAUCUCAAAGAGUCAAGAGUUCAUUUGAUUUCUUUGCAGUCAAUUUCUACAUCGCUACAUAUGUCAAAGACGAUCCAGAAAUCCUGAACAUUGAACCGAGGGACUUUAAGGCAGACAUGGCCAAGAACGUGAAAUUGCUGAAGCAUUCUUUUCAGUUUCAACUUACUCCAUGGGGUCUGCAAGGAGUGCUGGAAUUAUUCAUGCAAAAUUAUGGAAACCCUCCCAUUUUCAUCCAUGAAAACGGUCUGAGGAUGCAGCGAAACGCAUCACUUGAAAACUGGCCGAGAAUUCAAUGUUUGCAAGAGCACAUCGGUGUCCUGCUGGAUUCAGUAAGGAAUGGCUCGAAUGCGAAAGGCUACUUCACAUGCUCCCUCCUUGAUGUGUUCGAGCUGUUGGAUGGGUACCAGUCGGGCUACGGGCUGUACUACGUGGACUUGGACGACCCCGAAUUGAGAAGGUACCGGAAGCUCUCGGCCGACUGGAACUCGCGCUUCCUGAAGGGAGGGAGCAUUGGUCUGGAUGGCGGCAUCGAGCUCGAGGGCAGUCGGUCCUCCUCUCUUCUGCUCAAGCCAUGA